ACACCAAGCUAAAUCAAUCUUUUGUAGUGGUAAAUUAGAGCUUUCGCCAUGUCUCUUCAUUUCCCCACUUCAGUCCCUGCCAGCUGUUUCAACAGAACGCGUAGCAAAGACAUCUCAAAUAAAUCAAACGCCAACAAGUUCAUUGUUCUCCAAGCUAGGAAACUCGUUGCUACCGCCAAAGUUUUUGAUGAAAACAUUGCAAGAAGAACUGCCAAUUACCAUCCUCCUAUUUGGACGCACGAUUAUAUUCAGUCACUCCAAAGCGAUUUUGUGGGGGAAUCAUGUGAUGAACGAGCAAUGAAACUGGUUGGAGAAGUGAGAACGAUGCUUGACAGAGUGCUAGAUCCCUUAGAGAAACUUGAGCUGGUCGAUACCUUGCAGAGGCUCGGAUUAUCUUAUCACUAUGAGAAUGACACAAAGAGAAUUUUGGAGAGUGUAAAUGCUGAAGAGAGCAAUGUUGUGUGGAAGAAAGGCAAUUUAUAUGCUACAGCGCUUGAAUUUAGGCUCCUAAGGCAGCACGGGAAUAAAGUAACUCCAGAGGUUUUCUCUAGUUUCAUGGACGAGAUGGGGAACUUCAAGGCAGGUCUUUGUGAGGAUUGCAAAGGGCUGCUGAACUUGUAUGAAGCUUCAUACCAUUUGGUAGAGGGUGAAAGCAUCUUGGAGAAUGCAAGAGAUUUUGCAGCUAAACAUCUUAAGCAAUGUCUGAAGCAAAACAAAGAUGAAUAUCUAUUUAUGCUAGUGGAGCAUGCUUUGGAACUUCCGCUACAUUGGAGGAUUGAAAGGUUGGAAGCAAGGUGGUUCAUAGAUGUGUAUGAGAGACGAGAGGACAAAAUUCCUAUUCUUUUGGAGCUUGCUAAAUUGGACUUCAAUAUUGUGCAAGCUGUGCACCAGGAUGAUCUAAGAUAUGCUUCGAACUAUGCACAGCAGCACUACAAAAUGAAUUACCACCUGGCCAGAGGCCACCAAAACAACUUCCUCCUAUCAACUGCGAACUUUGCAAAGAAAAUUGCCAAUCUGAAGAAAAGUGGGUGGUGGACUGAUUUAGGUCUCGGGGAAAAGCUAACCUUUGCCAGAGACAGGUUGAUGGGGAACUUUUUAUGGACUGUUGGCGUAGCAUCUGAUCCUCAAUUUGGUCAUGCUAGAAGAACUCUGACAAAGAUUAAUGCACUAAUAACAAUUAUAGAUGAUGUUUAUGAUGUUUAUGGUACUUUGGAUGAGUUAGAGCUCUUCACUGAAGCUGUAGAGAGAUGGGAUGUCAAUGCGAUGGAGCUGCUCCCAGAAUAUAUGAAGAUAUGUUUCCUUGCUCUUUACAACUCCAUAAACGAAAUGGCUUUCGACACUAUUAAGGAACAAGGAUUUGAUUCCAUUCCUUUCUUGAAGGAAAUGUGGGCAGACCUAUGUAAAGCUUACCUAGUGGAGGCAAAGUGGUACUAUGGUGGAUACACACCGACCUUAAAAGAGUACAUUGACAAUGCAUGGAUUUCGAUUUCCGCUCCCGUAAUACUAUCACAUGCUUAUUUCUUAACAAAUUCAAUAAGAAAAGAGUGCUUGGAAUGCUUGAAGGAACAUUCCCAAGUUGUCUACUGCACGUCUAUGAUUUUACGACUUGCGAAUGAUCUUGAAACAUCAUCGGAUGAGUUGGAAAGAGGUGAUGUUCCGAAAUCAAUCCAAUGUUACAUGCAUGAAAUUGGCUUUUUUAAAGAAGAAGCUCGUCACUACAUAAGGAACUUGAUUGAUGCAACAUGGAAAAUGAUGAAUGAAAAUCGAAUUGCUCAAUCCCCUUUUUCUCAGACAUUUAUUCAAAUUGCAUUGAACCUAGCAAGGAUGGCUCAGUGCAUGUACCAAUAUGGUGAUGGCCAUGGGAUUGAAGUUAAUGAAACUAACAAUCGUGUAUUAUCAUUACUUGUUUUACCUAUUCCUUUACAAUUAGGCCUAAACACUUAUAAUUGAAAGGUGAUAUAGGAAUUGUUUUUUUUAAAUAAAAUAUCCCUAUUUCUUUAAGUUU